CAGGUGAAUGUUGGCUCCUCGCCACAUACACCGGAAAAUGCCUUAACAGAAAGAACUACACCGCCGGUUAUUAUUAUUAUUACUAGUAUUAUUAUUAUUAUUUUUAAAAAUGAGUAAUGUCUGGACAUGUGUCAUUCCUGUGUGAGUGACGAGCGGAGCAGAAACAGAACCCUGUGGUAAAGCCGAGUGUAAAAUGGCAGCUCGGAGCUGACUUCUCACCGGCGGAUGAUCCCUGAGGUAACAAGAGCAGAAACUUUUCACAGACGCCUGAGGAUUCCGUCAUCUAGAGGCCAUGGCGCAUGAUGACCGCAUGGCCAUCCUGGAGGACGACGAAGAGGAGCUGAAAAGGAACGAAGCUAUCGCUGGUGACUUUAACCGCCUCCAUUUGGAGGUCCGCCAGGGUGACCCAACCACUCUACCUCCGCCCGAACCCGGUGAACCCGACCCAGAAAAACCGCCCAUUCCUUUCUCCGAACACCAACUGGGCUGCUGUGAGGGCAUGGUCCUGCGGAUCAACCGCUACCUUCUGGUCUCCAAAGUGUUCUACUUUUUCUUCUACGCUGCUUACGGCUCACUGCACCCUCUGCUAGCUGUGUUCUAUAAGCAGCUGGGGAUGAACCCUUUCCAGUCUGGCUUGGUGGUGGGGAUUCGCUACUUUAUUGAAUUCUGCAGUGCCCCCUUUUGGGGUGUUGUGGCUGACCGGUACAGGAAGGGCAAAGCAGUGUUGCUGUUCUCCGUUUUCUGCUGGUUGGUGUUUAACUGUGGGAUUGGGUUUGUGAAACCAGCUUCAAUGAGCUGCAAGUUGGAGAACCAGAUCACAACUACAACUUUGGCCACAACUGUGGCUACCACUAAUGGGACAUCAGCACCCAUGGUAGUUUCCACCAAUGGGAGUUUAAGCUUAAAUAUGACAUUCACUGAUGGGACUGUAGCUCCGGCUACAACCUCCACCAAUGGGAUUGGAGUUCCGGCUACAACCUCCACCAAUGGGAUUGGAGCUCCGGCUACAACCUCCAGCAAUGGGACUGUAGGUCCAUCUGUAACUUCACCCAGUAGGACUAGAGCAGACAUUUUAUCUAAUCCGUCAGCUAAUAACACUAGGCAGCGCAGAGACCUGAUUGGACAUUUCUCCAGUUCAUUCCUGCUGCCAUCCAAUCAGGAGUCAGUGUUGAGUUCUCAGCGCAGAUUCAAACGAGACACUAAUGCUAGCAUUAACAUUGCUUCAGGUGUCCAGACCACUGUUGCAGGACCUGAGCACACUUUUUCCACACACCCUCAGUCCACAACCUCCAGUAACAUGAGCUCCACCUCCACACCCCCGAACCCCAGCACCAGCACCAGCACGCCUCCACCCAAAUAUACAAUCGAAUACAACCCCGACCAAGUGCAGGCCAUCUUCCUCCUCAUCCUGCUGGUGGUCAUCAUCGGAGAGUUCUUCAGUGCACCCGCAGUCACCAUCGUAGACACGGUGACCUUGCAGUACCUGGGUACACACCGUGACCGUUACGGGCUUCAGAGGAUGUGGGGCUCUCUGGGUUGGGGGUUGGCCAUGCUCUUCGUGGGCAUCUGGAUCGACCACACCCAUGUCUCCUACCACAUCGAGGGCAACGCCAGCUGCAGCCUGCCCAACUACAAGAUCGCCUUCAUCGUCUUCGGCGUGCUCAUGGCAGCGGCGCUGAUCGUCGCCACGCAGUUCCGGUUUGAGGUACGACAUUGUGAGGGUCGGACAAGGAGUGAGACAGAGCGGGAUUCCUCAGGUGGGAUGGACGGUGCCGCUCCCCCUGACGGUCAGGAGUUUCGCUACAUGGAGCUGUUGCAGCUUCUGUGUGGCGUGCGCUACAGCACCGUGCUCUUCGUCGCCUGGUUCAUGGGCUUCGGCUACGGCUUCGUCUUCACCUUCCUCUACUGGCACCUGCAGGACCUGAACGGCACGCCCACGCUGUUUGGAGUUUGUUCCAUCCUCAGUCACGUGUCCGAGCUCGCUGCCUACUUCACCAGCCACAAACUGAUCGAGCUGGUGGGUCAUAUAAGGGUGCUGUAUAUCGGCUUGGCGUGUAACACAGCCCGCUAUCUGUACAUCUCAUACCUGAACAACGCCUGGACUGUGCUCCCCAUGGAGGUGCUGCAGGGUGUGACCCAUGCUGCAGUGUGGGCAGCGUGUAUCUCAUACCUCAGCGCCGCCGUACCCCCUACACUCCGCACAUCGGCUCAGGGAAUCCUACAGGGUCUCCACCUGGGUCUGGGCAGGGGCUGUGGUGCCAUGCUGGGGGGCAUCCUGGCCAACUCCUUUGGUCCCGCUGAGACGUUCAGGGGGAUUGGAAUGGCCUCACUCGUCAUCCUUCUGCUCUUCGCCUUCAUCCAGAGUGUCACUGAGAAGGACAAGGACAAGGAGAAUAAGAUGCUGGCCGAGAACAUCCCCAUCCCCUCCAGCCCGGUCCCCAUAGCAACCAUAGACCUGAUGCCGAACUCCGAGGUGGUGACCCCGAGUGUCCAACAGGAGGCUAAACUUCCGGCUCGGAAAACACGGCACCAGGAGGAGCAGGAGGAUGGCGCCAAACCCGCCUGGGCUCUCAGCGUCUCGCCGUGGGUCACCAUUGCCUUCGCCGUCGUCCAGAUCAAAGAGCUGAUCGUCAUGAGGAAGACACACACACACACCGAGGUCCAGCCUCUACAGAAGGAGCAAGGUAAGUGUGUGAUGUGUGCAUAAGUAUACACACCCCCUGAGCUUAGAUCUUAUGUCCAAAUUUACACAAAGCAGGAACAACAAUAUAGUAUGCAAAAUGAUUUACAAAUAAAAACAUCAUUACAGAAGUAUUCACUGCUGCUGGAUGCUGUGAAACCACUGAAUUAGUUACGGUACCAUUCAGAGUGAUGAGAUGAGUUGAAUGGAGAUGACCUGUGUGUAAUCGUGUCACAUGACCUCACUCUAAUACACCUGUUCCUGAGAAGACCCAGAGAUCGUUACUGAAACAAACAGCAUCAUCAAGACCAAGAACAAGUUCAGUCAGCAUUAAAUUCUGGCUUUGUAAAGAAUGUGAACAAUGUAAAGAAUGUGAAGAAUACAGCUCGGCGCUGCCUAGAGGAGACCGUCCACCAAAAUUCACUGAGCAGGUAAAGCAGGGGUCAGUCAAAAAGGCAACCAACGGGGCCAAAGGUCAUUAUUAAUCUAUGAUGUCACCACCAAGCUUCACACUGUGGACGGUGUAACAGUAAAUAAUGGAGAAAGGUUUUGCUUAGAAAAUUUUUAUUUCAAAUAAAUUAUUUCCGGUUCUCUCUAGGACCCAGAUAAUUGUCCUCCAAACUUGCAGGAGGAGAAUUCCCCUCCUGAGUCACGUGGGAGUGCAGCGCAGGACAAAGGUUCUCCCAGCAGAACACACACCCUGCCGGACAGGGCGCUGUCUCAGGAGGCCUCUACAUG